CGGUCACGUGGUACAGUCGGGCAGCGAAGCUUCGGACGUCAUCAUUUCCGGACCCUCCCCCAAAUGAAGCAAGCCUCGAUACGCGCCUCGCGGAUACGCCCCCUUCUUUACUCGACACAAGCCUCGAAGACUCGGCACAACCCGUAACAUCACUACAAACAAGACUACAACCGGACGACUGAGAAUACUGAGUUCAUAGCCGGCCACGAGUCUCACAUGUACCGGCGUACGAAGUGGGCGGGGCCAGCCUCUCCCGCCGCAGCCUUGAAUCACUUCUUCCUGUCCCGCCCAUUCAGCGACCCACUCUACGUCAUUUACGCUUCAGGGGAACCAACAUGGCGAGGGAAAAGUCUUUUCAAACACUUGCCAAAAAUGUCAAAUUCCACUCAGAUUGGUGUGGAAAUGACUAAAUAUCAAAUUCAAAAAUAUGUAUUAUUAAAUGAAUUGAUCAAAAAAUACAUAAUCACAGUAACAGGAAUCACGGCGCUAGUUAUCUAAUAGCAGUAAAUAUAUAUAUAUAAAUAAAUAUGUAGCAGUGUGACAUAUGUCUGUCAAAAGUUAACUUUUCAGUCAUACUUUUGGAAAUGUCUCAAAGAUGGGUUGGGUAGAGUUUAUUAGUCUAUUGUGCGCAAUGAUGUACAUUCAUAUAUAGUUUUACUAUUCCAGAGUAACUUGAAAUGGUUUAAAAUGCGCUGUAAUGCAAUAUUUCGAGGUUCUGCUCGAAUAACUUACUCCUCAUCCGAAAGUCAAACUCAUUACCCUCUCAUAACCAAAAGAUUUUCAUGACUCAACAACUUUUCAGUACUCAACUUUUUCUUUUAAAUUUUUGUUUACUGAGCAUGCAUGCCCCACAGUCCUGGGGUUCUGAGUUCGAAUCUCGGCUCUGGCCUUCCUACAUGUUCACCCAGUUCUUGCGUGGUGUUUCCUCCAACAUUCCCCAAAAAACAUGCAUGUUAGGUUAAUAUAUAUAUAUAUUUUUUUUUAUUACCCAUAGGACCUGUCCAACCCUUCCUGGAUGGGUGUAAUGACUCAUGAUUCUCACGAGAUGCAGUCUAUUCCUUCCUGUGUAUCUUUUAGGCUAAAAGUACCAUGACUGUAUUCCCCCUCAACAAAUCGCGUAUCGUGAUCAUCAUCAUGAUGUUGCUUUACUCGCCCAAUUGACUUGUCACUACAUGCCCGCGCGUCUGAUCUUCACCAGUGGACCGUUCAGGGCAGAUGGGCUUCAGCUGGCCUUAAAGCGCCCCCUAGUGGUCAUUUCCACUUGCAGGCGAGCAGCUUUUUGACCAAGGACUUGUCUUCACAUGUCCUGAGUGAGAGAGAGACUGUGUCCGGGCAUGUACCAGUCACGUUCACAUGGGAGGGCCCACAGAGCUGUGAGUCAGUUCUCGGCAGUAUAAAUGGACUCCCAUUAACAGCAGUCUUGGAUGCGCUUUUUGUACUCACGGAGGAAACUUGGAACAAUGUGUAGAAUGAUGGCGAACGUCAAGCGGAUCCUGAGGCCCCUGAGGAAGGGACCCACGCAGCGGAACCUGUUUGGCCCAAUAGACAGGGAGCAGCUGCGGGCAGACUACCAGGCUGCCCUGAGGAAAGACCUGGAGGAAGCGUCUCGUCGCUGGGGUUUUGACUUCAUGUCCGACCGGCCUCUGGCCAACGGCGAUUUCCAAUGGGAGGGCGUCCCGGGCGCCGAGGUGCCGUUGGUCUACAGAUCACGUAUGUUGGGGAAGGCGGCCGGUCCAAGGGCAACAGAGGCCACGGUCGGCCCCAAGAGAGCCAAGGCGGAGCCGCCAGAGUGCGAGAAGGAGAACAUCCCUGAAAACAAGUCUGACAGAUGUCCUUUCAAUGGGGAGAGAACUCCAAGGAAGAAGGAGAAUGCCGGGCUUAAGAGGAAACAAACUAACAUUACAGAUUUCUAUCAGUCCAAAAGAAGAUUCGUUGGGAUGCCGCUUAAAUCCGGCGAGUGAUUUUUCUUCUUCUACUUCUUUAUUGAAGUAUUUAACAAUGUACUCACGUCAUUUUUUUGAUCAAUCCUCAUCCACAAAUCCAUCAAAGUCCUCAUCUUCUGUAUCCGAAAUGAAUAGCUGGGCAAGUUCUCCAUCAAACACGCCAGGUUCGAGUCAGUCUCGUUGCCGUGCGGCUCCUCAGAAAUGAUGCCGGCUUUUACGAAAGCUCGAACAACAGUGCGGGCAGACACGUUAGCCGGAGCAUCCACAAUCCAUUCACAAAUUGCGGCGUAACUCGCCCGCCGCUGCCUCCUAGUCUGUCUGAGUAAAGCUGUGUUCGCCAUCAGUGGUCCAUCGCUUCCACGCCGCUCGCAACUUCACUUUGAACGCCCUGUUUACACGGUUGUCCAGCGGUUGGAGUUCCUUAGUAAGCGUGCCUCUUUGUUGUUUUGCACAAUGCACACCCCGGCGCUAUAUACCUACUGGGGGCGUGGCUUUAGCGUCCUCCUUCACGCACCCUUCCCCUGUCCUCAGCCACGUCCGCUUUUCCUCUGUGUAAGCAGCGUGUCGGGAGGAAAUGCUAAAAAAAAAAAAAAAAAAAAAAAAAGUCAAGCGGAGCGCUCAUCACACAACAACAUUUAUAGAUGACCAUUUUGGAGAAAAUGUAAGACUUUUGCCUUAUGGUGGUGAAAAUACGGUACUUGAAACACAUCAUCUUGAAAACGGCAUCAGGGUUAGCACCAAUCUGCCUCGAGGAAAUCAAGGAAGGAUGGAAGGUCCUUUGGCUCCUCUUCGCUGGAAUCCACUUAUUUUUUUACUUCGCUGUUCUUCAUCAUGAGGUGAAGAAGUAAUUUUUCUUUUGUUUUCAACCCCAAUAAGCACUUCCUGUGUGUUAUACUUUAUAUAUCCUGUUGCACAAUGAAGCGUUCCAACGUGCUCUCCACACAUUCACCUUGCUUAGAAUAGACGUGGCACGAGCGCCAUCAUUUUCCAUCUUCUGGCUUCACGUUGCCUUUUUUUUGUUUUUUAUUUUUUAAAUGCAAGCGGCCCGCCUCAAAUAUGUACUGUACCAGUUAACGUAGGGUAUUUCAUUAAAAAACAAUUAUUUAGUGAAAUAUAUCAGAGAGAUUUGUAAUAGGCCAGCACUGUAAAGUAGUUUAUACUAAUUAUCAACCUAUUGCGGUAUUGCACAGGCACCUCGUCUAUUGGACUCAUCCAGUAUUAAGUGUCGACAAUCACAAGAAUGUUCUCAACGUAUUAUUUACUAAGCUGGAGUAAAGUUGUAAUCCUCUCCUAUUGGCUGCAAUUCAUCACACUAAUAGUUGUUCUCUGCCUCAAAAACAAAUUAUAAGUCUCGUCAUCACUUUUAUUUAUGUCCGUCUUCUGUUGGCGGUCCUGCUGCUAUGGCUAAUUUGAAUGUGUGUGGACGAAGUUCAAACUGACAGCUUGGAGAUGAUGAUGAGCCCCAAUGCCGACUGCAGUUCCUGUUUAUUGACGCUCGUGCACAGGUCCGGUUACAGACGUGUAAAGGUAUCGAUGAAAAAUAUAUCCUCUAUUUAUUGUACUGUACCUUUUUUUGUUUUGUUCAUUUACUUUGUUAAUGAAUUCCAAAUUAUAAUAAAAUAUCUAAAUUGAA